AUGAUUACAAGAGAAAUUGGGUAUUUGUUAUAUCAUCAAAUAGUAUAAAUUAAAUACGUGAUUGUUACAAAUUUUAUUAUUUAUUAAGUUGAUAAUUUAAUUCAACGAUAACAAAAGAACAAAGGAAAUUCAAUUAGUGAAAUUCUUCCAAAGCUCAAAUUAACAAGAAUGAAAAAGUUACAAAUUUUUAGGACUAAUUCUAUUUUUGGAUCAAGUAUUUUUAAUUAAUCAAAUAGAAUAGAAUUUAGAAAAAUUGAGUAAAAAGGAUUGGUCAAUAAUGAUAUUGCUAUUAAAUUUUAGGAAAUUAGAGAAUUUUCAAGAACUUUUGAAACAACUAAAAAAAUAGUACCUUAAGAGGUAGAUUAGAUGAUGAAGGAUAAGGAUGAUAAUGCUAUACUCUUUAGGUUUGAUUAGGAUUAGACAUAUAAAUUGUAAGGAUAAUUCAAAUCCUGA